AUGGCAUAUUACAAGGAGAAGUUUAAAUAUGAGUAUGGAGAGGGCAAAGCGAAAAGGGACCAGUCGUUGGAAGAGCUCCGAGAACACAUCCACCGAUACUACAUGCCUCUGGGCAGGCAGUUCAUGGUGUUGUUCCCUGAGGGGGGGUUCCUGCAUAAGAGGAGGGAGGUUAGCCAAAGGUUUGCAGAAAAGAACAAUUUACCAAAAUUGGAAUAUGUGUCGUUACCUAGAGCUGGUGCGAUGAAAGUUAUAAUGGAAGAAAUCGGACCUCGCAGAGAUGAAGGAGCUAGCACAUCCAAAGAGAAUUCUAAAAAAGAUAACAACUUUAACCAGAACAACUUAAACAAUAUAAUCGUAGACACAAAAGCAGGUGAUAGCAUAGAAUGGAUACUGGACGUAACCAUCGCCUAUCCUGAUAGGAUUCCGUUGCACCUGCAGGACAUUGUGUGCGGCACCCGACCGCCCUGUGCCAUAAACCUGCACUACCGAUUAUAUCCAAGUAACGAGAUUCCAGCAGAUACUGAAGGGAUGACUCAAUGGCUGUAUGACAGGUUCAUAGAGAAGGACAAAAUGUUAGAAGAGUUUUACCGUACAGGCCAGUUUCCAGCGCGGGGGAACAAUUCCCAAAUUUUCAAGUGA